CCUCUCUGUCCUCUAGGCCAGGUUUGUUCCCCCCAGCAGACGUGGGUCAGCACCCCUAACCUCCAGGAAGUCUGGCAGGAGUGGGGGAACCAAAGAGCCCCGGAACCCGAUGCGAGGGAGAACGCCGGAAGGAGAAGGCGGACGGACCGGCAGGCCUAGCUCGGCAGCGGCGGCGGUGGCGCGGGGAUGGAGGCCCUGCGGGUCCUGGAGCUGUACAGCGGCAUUGGGGGCAUGCACCAGGCGCUAAGAGAAAGCGGUAUCCCUGCACAGGUGGUGGCGGCUGUGGACGUGAACACUGUUGCUAACGAGGUGUACAAGUACAAUUUUCCUCACACACAGUUGCUGGCCAAGACAAUUGAAGGCAUUACACUAGAAGAGUUUGACAGAUUCUCUUUCAAUAUGGUUUUAAUGAGUCCACCCUGCCAACCAUUCACCAGAAUUGGCCUGCAAGGUGAUGUGACUGAUCCAAGGACAAAGAGUUUCUUAUACUUUUUAGAUAUUCUCCCAAGGUUAAAAAAACUGCCGAAGUAUAUUCUUUUAGAAAAUGUUAAAGGUUUUGAAGUAUCUUCUACAAGAGACCUGUUAAUACAAACAAUAGAAAAUUGUGGCUUUCAGUACCAAGAAUUUCUGUUAUCUCCAACCUCUCUCGGCAUUCCAAAUUCCAGACUCCGCUAUUUCCUUCUUGCGAAGCUGCAGUCUGAGCCGUUGCCUUUCCAAGCUCCUGGUCAGAUAUUGAUGGAAUUUCCUCAGACUGAAUCAGAGCAGCGGCAGCCACAAAAAUCUGCCAUGGAUGCAGAAGAGAAAACUGAAGAAAAGGACACAGGGCCCAUGCCGGACUCUGAGAGCAGCACUCAGCCUUCGGGAAAGGGGCCCUUUCUUUUUAAGCUGGAGACUGCUGGAGAGCUGGAGCGGAAGCGUCAGCAGGACCAUGACCUCUCGGUGCAGAUGCUGGAGGGUUUUCUUGAGGAGGACGCUGACAUGACUCCCUACUUCCUGCCUCCCGAGUCCUUGCUGCGAUACGCUCUUUUGCUGGACAUCGUGAAGCCCACCUGCAGAAGGUCCACAUGCUUUACCAAAGGUUAUGGACGAUAUGUUGAAGGGACAGGAUCUGUGUUACAAACUGCAGAAGAUGUACAGAUUGAAGAGAUCUACAAAUCCCUUACCAGUUUGUCCCAAGAGGAAAAGACAGCAAAAUUGUUGAUGCUUAAACUUCGUUAUUUCACUCCUAAGGAAAUAGCAAAUCUCCUUGGAUUCCCCCCCAAGUUUGGAUUUCCCGAGAAGGUAGCAGUGAAACAGCGUUACCGUCUACUUGGAAAUAGUCUCAAUGUGCUUGUUGUGGCCAGACUAAUAAAAAUCUUAUGUGAAUAAUUUUGAAAUAACUGUGAAAGAUCGUCAUGGUAAUUCGUUCGUUUUGAAGUUGAUGGAGUUGAUCAGAAAAAUACUGAUUUGUUUCCUUAAAUUUAUAUUGCUGUAUAUAUUUUAGCCUGGAACAAUAAUUUUUUUUAUU